CGGCGCCUAAAACGUCACCGCCACCGCGUGGUAGCGCGUAUAAAGGUGACGCACCGAGAAUGGGCGGGCACCCCUUCGCCUGCCCCUCCAAAUGAGCGCCACGAUCUGCACGCCGUGCAACGCGCCUUCGAUGACGACUACGACGCCUGCAGGGUCGUGCCCGGGCGCGUCAUUCGCGUUCGCCACCAUCAAGGACGCCGUCCACCUUGUUCAGGUGUGCCCAGAUACCCCCCUCACGGGCAUGACCGCGGUCGACGUGAAGGUCUUCCGCCACGACUGCGUCUCUGUAUUCCGCUUCGCCGGCACGCUCGCCGUGCACCCCGCCGACCUGCGCAUCCUGGAGGUCCUCGCCGACGAGGGCACGCUCUACGAAGAGCACACCGGCACGGUCUUCCUCGCGAAGGAGAACAUUGAGCGCCUGCGGAAGAUGUCGCGCGCGGUUCAGCCGCGCAGCGCACGGCGCCUCAGCAUUCGCUCCCCCUACUCGGGGUACCCGCACGGAUUGCAUUGAGCACCCACCCAUCUCAUGAUGCUCUCAUCUCAUUCCAUGACCGCAUACCUACGUCCGCUUCCUGCUCUGGACUGCUGGAUCUCAUUGUUGUAUCAUAGACACGCUCCCCGUUCCGUCCACGCCUGCACUUACUAGAUAACUUAUGCUCACCGGUCCCCGCUGCUCGUACGCUACAGCAAUGCUAUGUUGCCGAGCCCAUGUUCCUGGUCUCUACGACAUGCGCAGCCCAGCCUCCGUUUCGGGCACGCACUUUGUCUAGCUUUUGUGUCCGUCAUGCUAGGCAGGUACGAGGCGCGUCCUUCCUCCGCUAAAAGCGAGACAAGGCCGGAGCUCGAUGCGUCCAUCGGCUGUGCUCG